GUUAAAAUGGAUAUACCUGCAUUCAACGAUAUAUUUGAACAAAUAAAAAUUAACUUCUGGCUCAUCGGUAUACCUUUAGGAAAUUCAAAAAUGACGAUAAGAUAUUUUGUUUUUCUAUUUUGUCUGUCGCUCAUGGUUUCGGAGGAAAUUGCAUUUUUUCUGUCAAGAUUUUCAGUUGAAAAUUUCUUGGAGUUGACCCAACUCGCUCCAUGCACCUUUAUAGGCUUGUUAUCAAUUUUGAAAAUUAUAUUUAUUACAAUCCAAAGGCAGAAAAUAUAUGAUUUGUCCCAGUCCCUUAAGCAUCUUUAUGAGGAUUUCUUAGGAGACCCGAUAAAAAGAAACUUUGUCAGUAAAGACUUUUUAUUCCUAAAGUAUUUGGUAAAAUGCUUUUUCAUACUAAAUGCGAUUCUAAUUUCGGUUUAUAACUUCUCCACUCUAAUCUUCUUAGCUUACCAUUAUUACACUAAGAAUGAAAUUCUGUUUACUUUACCAUAUGCUGUAUUGCUGCCCUUUUCUACAAUAUCAUGGUCGACCUGGUCAAUAGUGUACUUACAUUCAAUAAUUUCCGGCUUCGUCUGCGUUUUGUACUUUGCGACGGUUGACGCUCUGUAUUACAUUUUAACUUCACAUAUAUGCAGCCAGUUUGCUCUUUUGAGUGAGGAAAUUCAAAGUCUAGAUGAAAAUACCGCCUAUUCUCUGACAGAAAUUAUUAAGAAACAUCAGCAUAUAUUAAAACUGUCACAAGAUUUGGAAAUAAUAUUCAGAGCCCCAAAUUUAUUUAAUGUAUUAAUCGGAUCACUGGAAAUAUGCGCUCUUGGAUUUAAUUUAACGAUGGGAGAUUGGUCCCAAAUUCCAGGUGUUAUCUUGUUUCUACUUUCAGUAUUGAUUCAAAUACUAAUGAUAAGUGUUUUUGGCGAAAAUCUAAUAAGAGAGAGUAUGAGAGUUGGUCAAGCUGCAUUUUUCUGUAAGUGGUACACUAUGGACAGAGCUUCAAAAAAGAAUAUACUAAUAUUAAUGUUAAGAGCAAAUAAACCUCAAAUACUUACCGCAUAUCAAUUCUCAGUAAUAUCCUACGAAAGUUUUACAAAGAUAAUAAGCAUAUCUUGGUCGUAUUUUACUAUCUUGAAAACGCUUUACACAAACUAAAAAAUAAAAAUCAUAUUUUAGGACAAUUUUAUCAAAAUUAUAUUUUAUCGAUUAGGUCAUAAUAAGCUGAGAAAAAUAUUCACGAAUAAUUUAAUAAAUAUAUGGGUUACGUUAUUCGUUUAUCAAUUAUUCCACCCUGUUAGCUGCAGAUGUAAGUGUUUAUAUCUGCUUUAUCUAUGCAUGUCCAG